AUGUUCUCUCUCCUCUCCCGCCAUACCUCUGCCUUUGGCGUUGCGUCGGCUUCGGGCACUGCCGCUCGUGCAGCCCUUGCCGCGGUGCGAUCGGCCUCGGCAGCUGCAGCAGCGCACAUGCCGCCGUCGGCGACGGGCGAGGCGUCUGUGGACAACACGGCGCCGUUCGCCACCUGCGCCCCGGCUGGAAUGCAGGGUAACAUGCGGUUUGUGCUCUGUAACCCGCGCGAGGUCAACUCGAACUCGCGCUCCUCCUACGUCCGCUCUAUGGUCGGUUGUGCUCCCGGCUCGGUAAUGGCGUCAUCGCCCUGUUUUACUGCCGCCUCUCGCGGCCUGGCCACCGCCGCAAACGCGCAAGCUAUCGCCGCUAGCGCCACCCCGGCCCGACGCUCGUCGUCCACCCCAACCGCAGGCGCGCCUCCGGAGCUCGUCCAUACCGAGCGCAGUGACGCCAAUGCCGGCGCCACCUCGUUCGGAUCCAUGGAGGUCGAGUACAUGUCGUCGUGGAAGGAGAACCUCGAGGGCGAGAGCCGCAUCGCCGUCGCGCCCACUCCCACCUCGGACUGGUGGUGGACCGGCAAGGCGCCGGUGGCCGGCACGCCCGGUGUCGGUCCCGACGGGCUCGUCACCUCGCUCCCGCUGGUCGACUACACCACGGCCUCGCGCCAGGAGCUGCUCGACUACUUUGACAACACCUGGCUCCUCACCGAGGUCCUCUUCUCGUCGCUGGCUUCGGAGGAGGCUUUCUACCGCCCGCCGUGGCACGACCUUCGCCACCCGCUCAUCUUUUACUAUGGCCACCCGGCGGCGCUGUACGUGAACAAGUUCCGGGUCGCCGGCCUCGCCCGCGAUCCGAUCUCGCCAUUCUACGAGAAGAUCUUUGAGACCGGCGUCGACGAGAUGUCGUGGGACGACAUGCAUAAGAACGUCAUGCGCUGGCCGUCGGUGGCCAACACUCUCGACUACCGCAAGCGCGUCUACGAGCUUGUUGCAGAGACCAUCGUCUCCUCGCCCCACUUUGACUCGCUCGCCGAGGCCGGGCCGGCCUCGCCGUUCUGGGCCGUCGUCAUGGGCUUUGAGCACGAGCGCAUCCACCUCGAGACCUCGUCGGUUCUCAUCCGCGAGCUCCCGCUCUCGCUCGUCCGCCGCCCGCUCACCUGGCCUGUCGACCACCCGUCCGCCACCCAGGCUCAACCGACCGCCAAUCCGGUCGCUGGCGUCGACUUCCCGACCAACGAGUUUGUCUCCAUCAAGCCGGACGGCCCGGUUGUCCUCGGUCGGCCGGACUCGCACUCUGGCUUCUCGUGGGACAACGAGUUUGGCUCAAAGUCCAUCGACGUCGCAGACUUUGACGUCGCCAAGCACCUCGUCACCAACGGCGAGUUCCUCGACUUUGUUCGCUCAAACGGCUACCUCGAGCAAAAGUACUGGUCGCCCGAUGGCUGGGCCUGGCGGACCUUCCGCAACGCAAAGUGGCCCACCUUCUGGCGCCCCUUUGGCCCCGCCGGUCUCCACGAGUACCGCCUCCGCGCCGUCUUUGACGAAAUCGACAUGCCCUGGGCCUGGCCCGCAGACCUCAACUACUACGAGGUCGAGGCCUACGCCAACUACAUCGCCGCAGCCACCGGCAAGCCCACCCGUGCUAUCACAGAGCCCGAGCACGCCGUCCUCCGCACAGGCCUCCCCGACGCCUCCGACUUUGUCCUCAACCCGGUCGCCGGUGCCACCGCCUCGUCCGAGCCCGACGCCGUCGCCGCCUCGCCCAACCUCAACCUUGUCUGGGGCUCGCACACUCCCGUCGACGCCGCUCCGCCGUCGGCCCACGGCGUCCGCGACGUCAUGGGCAAUGUCUGGCAGUGGUGCUACGACCACUUUGCCCCGCUCCCGGGCUUCCAGCCGCACGACGUCUACCCCGACUUUUCCAUGCCGUGCUUUGACGGCAAGCACAACGUUAUCAUGGGCGGCUCGUUUGCCGCCACGGGCAACGAGGCCUCGCGCCACGCUCGCUUCCACUUCCGCCCACACUUUUACCAGCACGCCGGCGCCCGUCUCGUCCAGCCGGCCCACCCCACCGCUGAGCCGGUCACUUCCUGCGCCGGCUGUGAGGGGCCCUUUGUCGGCGCCACCUCGCCCUACCGCGUCCCGCCGCCGACCACCGUGACCGGCGCCGCCGCCGCUGCUGCCUCCGCUGGCUCCGCUCCGCCUGCUGCUGCUUCCGCCGCUCCGCCGCGUGUCGCCGUCGGCUCCACCGCUGGCAUCGUCGACAAGUACGAGGACCAGAUCGUGCUUGACCAGUACCUCAACAUGCACUACGGAACCCAGGACGACUUUCCGGCUUACAUCGACGCCGGUACCCUGCAGUUCCCCCAGCGCUGUGCGGCGCUGGUCGAGGGCCACACGCUCGCCUCCAACCCGCGGGCCCGUGCCCUUGACAUUGGCUGCGCCGUCGGCGCCUCGGCCUUUGAGCUCGCCCGGACCUUCAACUCGGUCACUGCCCUCGAUAUUUCACACGCCUUUGUUGAAGCUGCCAAGUACAUGCAGGAGCACAAGGCGCUGGAGUACAAGGUCCGCCGCGAGGGCGGUGUCUUUGACUCGUACGUCGCCCGCGUCGAUAACUCGGUCGACGUCUCGCGCGUCGACUUUGCUGUCGGCGACGCCACUGCGCUCGACCCCGCCACCCUCGGUACUUUUGACGGCGUCCUCAUCGGCAACGUGCUCUGCCGCCUCCCCGACCCGUACCUCCUCAUCGACGUCCUCCCCGAGCUCGUCAACCCAGACGGCACCCUGGUCAUCACCUCGCCCUUCUCGUGGCUCCCGCAGUUUACGCCCGAGUCCAAGUGGCUCUCCGCCGCCAACGGCUCGUCGGCCAAGGCUCUCACCGAUGCCCUUGACUCCUCGUUUGAGCUCGUCUCGUCAGGUGACAUCCCCUUUGUCAUUCGCGAGCACAUCCGCAAGUACGAGUUUGUCGCCGCCCACCUCGGCAUCUGGCGCCGCAAGUAGCCGCCUUCUCCGCACCGGCAGCCAAUGCGCAUCAAACACAUCCUUCAACUCGCAAACUACGGCUUGAGCUGCUCACGUGCCA